AUGGCAAGGGCGUACGUCGUUGCCGACCGCCGGGGGAACGUCUGUACAAUUAAAGAUGGUCGGGGAUCGAAAAGAGUAAAUAGGACGCAGCUUCGUAAGUGGCAUGAUACACCCGAACAGCAGCCGAAUAGACUCGCUGCCAAAGCCGACCUGACUGAGCUUUCGCUGACCCCAUUGACUAACCUUGAUUGGCGUGCAGUUCUGGGAGCUCUUGGACUUGCUUUGCCGUUAUCAAUGCUGUUUUAUAUGGAACAAAACAUUGCCAGCGCUAUUGUAAAUUCGCCUGCAAACAGGCUACGAAAAUCCCCAGCUCCUCAUUGGGAUCUGAUGGUGGUCGCACUGAUCAACAUGGUCUUGUCAAUAUUUUGUCUACCUUGGGUUCAUGCAGCGCUUCCACACUCUCCACUUCAUAUUAGAGCCCUGGCUGACAUUGAAGAGCGCAUAGACAUGGGUCAGCACAUUCGACAGACAUCUACUUUGUCACAAUCUAUUUACCUUUCUUGCAGCAUCGUCCGUGUUCGAGAAACGCGACUGACCACAAUAAUCUCGCACAUAUUCAUCGGACUCUCUCUACUAAUGAUUCCGAUCCCACUCUGCUACAUCCCGCCAGCUGUGCUGAUGGGGCUAUUCGUCUAUAUGGCUGUCACAGCAGUCUACAGUAAUCAGCUGUUCGAAAGACUUUUACUAUUUAUCACGGAACAGUCAGCCUACCCACCGUCCCACUACAUUCGUCGUGUGCCUCAAAGAAAACUACACUUGUUCACCAUAAUUCAGUUGAUCCAGCUACUGGUACUUUGUGCUUUCGGUUUCGCGCCCAAUCCCUACGUGGAAAUGGUGUUUCCUGUCCUGCUGGUCGGGCAAAUCGUUUUCCGGUAUGUCACACCUCACACGUAG